AGCAGGAGGCGGCGGGCCCCGGGAAGAAAGGAACAUGGCUCCUGCGGCGGGCUGCGCCGAGCGCGGCCCGGGGCGAAGGCGCGCCGGGCGCCAGUGACCGCGAUGGUGAACUCCAGCCGCGUGCAGCCGCAGCAGCCCGGGGACCCGAAGCGGCCGCCCGCAGCCCGAGCGGCCGGCCCCGGCCGGCUGAUGACGGGCGGCGCGGCCGUGGGCGCCGGCCUCGCCGCUCCGGGCGGCCUCCGCGAGCAGAGGGGCCUGGAGAUCGAGAUGGAGCGUAUCCGGCAGGCGGCCGCGCGGGACCCCCCGGCCGGAGCCUCGGCCUCUCCCUCCCCGCCGCUCUCGUCGUGCUCGCGGCAGGCAUGGAGCCGUGACAACCCGGGCUUCGAGGCCGAGGAGGAGGAGGAGGAAGAGGAGGUGGAAGGCGAGGAAGGAGGAAUGGUGGUGGAGAUGGACGUGGAGUGGCGCCCGGGCAGCCGGAGGUCCGCCGCCUCCUCGUCCGUGAGCUCCGUGGGCGCCCGGGGCCGGGGGCUGGGGGGCUACCACGGCACCGGCCACCCAAGCGGGAGGCGGCGCCGGAGAGAGGACCAGGGCCCGCCGAGCCCCAGCCCGGCCGGCGGCGGGGACCCGCUUCAUCGCCACCUCCCCCUGGACGGGCAGCCGCCGCGAGUGGCCUGGGCCGAGAGGCUGGUUCGCGGGCUGCGAGGUCUCUGGGGAACAAGACUCAUGGAAGAAAGCAACACUAACCGUGAGAAGUAUCUUAAAAGUGUUUUACGGGAACUGGCCACAUACCUCCUUUUUCUCAUAGUCUUAUGCAUUUUGACCUAUGGGAUGAUGAGUUCCAGUGUGUACUACUACACCCGGAUAAUGUCGCAACUCUUCUUGGACACCCCAGUGUCCAAAACAGAGAAAACAAACUUUAAAACUCUUUCUUCAAUGGAAGACUUCUGGAAGUUCACAGAAGGUGCCUUAUUGGAUGGGCUUUACUGGAAGACACAACCCAGCAACAAUACUGACGCCGACAACCGAAGCUUCAUCUACUACGAGAACCUCCUAUUAGGCGUACCACGUAUACGGCAGCUCAAAGUCAGGAACGGGUCCUGUUCUAUCCCCCAGGACUUGAGAGAUGAGAUUAAAGAGUGCUAUGAUGUCUACUCUGUCAGUAGUGAAGACAGGGCUCCGUUCGGUCCAAGAAAUGGAACGGCUUGGAUAUACACGAGUGAAGAAGACUUGAAUGGGAGUAGCCACUGGGGAAUGAUUGCAACCUAUAGUGGAGCUGGCUAUUACCUGGAUUUGUCAAGAACAAGAGAGGAGACAGCCGCUCAGGUCGCUAGCCUCAAGAACAAUGUCUGGCUGGACCGAGGAACCAGGGCAACUUUUAUUGACUUUUCGGUAUACAACGCCAACAUUAACCUGUUCUGUGUGAUCAGGUUAUUGGUUGAAUUUCCAGCAACAGGCGGUGUGAUUCCAUCUUGGCAAUUUCAGCCUGUAAAGCUGAUCCGCUAUGUCACGACUUUUGAUUUCUUCCUGGCAGCCUGUGAGAUUAUCUUUUGUUUUUUUAUCUUUUACUAUGUGGUGGAAGAGAUACUGGAAAUUCGCAUUCACAAGCUACACUAUUUCAGAAGUUUCUGGAAUUGUCUGGAUGUUGUGAUUGUUGUGCUGUCAGUGGUAGCUAUAGGAAUUAACAUAUAUAGAACAUCAAAUGUGGAGGUGCUACUACAGUUUCUAGAAGAUCAAAAUACUUUUCCCAACUUUGAACAUCUGGCAUACUGGCAAAUACAGUUCAACAAUAUAGCUGCUGUCAUAGUAUUUUUUGUCUGGAUUAAGCUCUUCAAAUUCAUCAACUUUAACAGGACCAUGAGUCAGCUCUCCACAACCAUGUCUCGAUGUGCCAAAGACCUCUUUGGCUUUGCAAUUAUGUUCUUCAUCAUCUUCUUAGCAUAUGCUCAGUUGGCAUACCUUGUCUUUGGCACUCAGGUUGAUGACUUCAGUACCUUCCAAGACUGUAUCUUCACUCAAUUCCGUAUCAUUUUGGGUGAUAUCAACUUCGCAGAGAUUGAGGAAGCUAAUCGAGUUUUGGGACCAAUUUAUUUCACUACAUUUGUGUUCUUUAUGUUCUUCAUUCUUUUGAAUAUGUUUUUGGCCAUCAUCAAUGAUACUUACUCCGAAGUUAAAUCUGAUUUGGCCCAGCAGAAAGCUGAAAUGGAACUCUCAGAUCUUAUCAGAAAGGGCUACCAUAAAGCCUUGGUCAAACUAAAACUGAAAAAAAAUACCGUGGAUGACAUUUCUGAGAGUCUGAGGCAAGGCGGAGGCAAGUUAAACUUUGAUGAACUUCGACAAGAUCUCAAAGGGAAGGGCCAUACUGAUGCAGAGAUUGAGGCAAUAUUCACAAAAUACGACCAAGAUGGAGAUCAAGAACUGACCGAACAUGAACAUCAACAGAUGAGAGACGACUUGGAAAAAGAGAGGGAGGAUCUGGAUCUGGAUCACAGCUCUUUACCACGUCCCAUGAGCAGCCGAAGUUUCCCAAGAAGCCUGGAUGACUCUGAGGAGGAUGAUGAUGAAGACAGUGGGCAUAGCUCCAGAAGGAGGGGAAGCAUCUCCAGUGGGGUUUCUUAUGAAGAGUUUCAAGUCCUGGUGAGACGAGUGGACCGAAUGGAGCAUUCCAUCGGCAGCAUCGUGUCCAAGAUUGAUGCUGUGAUCGUGAAGCUGGAGAUCAUGGAGCGGGCCAAACUGAAGAGAAGGGAGGUUCUGGGAAGGCUGCUAGAUGGGGUGGCGGAGGAUGAAAGACUGGGUCGUGACAGUGAAAUCCACAGGGAGCAGAUGGAACGACUAGUGCGGGAAGAGUUGGAACGCUGGGAGUCUGACGAUGCAGCUUCCCAGAUAAGUCAUGGUUUAGGCACGCCGGUGGGACUGAAUGGUCAGCCGCGCCCCAGAAGCUCCCGCCCUUCUUCCUCCCAGUCUGCAGACGGAAUAGAAGGCGCAGGUGCAAAUGGGAGUUCCAAUAUCCAAGUCUAAGAUGUGUGUUAGUGUGUGUUCCUAAUAGGGGAGAAAGGGCUGUCCUGAAUGGCCAGAGCAAGUACACUAUUUAUAUGCCCUGACCACCAUAUGAUGCUGGUCUUUGUGACCAACUGUUAAUUCUUCUGCACUUUAAUUUAUUUUAGAUAAACUUUGCCCAUGGAUCAAAGAAGAUUUUUUUUUCUCAUAUAAGAAACCUAGGUGUAAAUAUUGAGUACAGAAAAAAAAAAUCUUUGUAAAGUACAUGGAGUGGUCUGCCCACUUGCUACCAUGGAUGAGUCUUCUCAGUGGACAACAAUGUAGCCUUUAAAGCUAGGAGAGAAUUGUCAAAAGCCUUCUGAGUUUUAUUUCCAGUCACAAAAAUCAGUAUUGUCAUUUUUUCCCAGUGCGUGAAGGGAAAGUAGGGGCAUUCUUUCCCACUCGGGCUUGGUUUAUGGACAUAAAACAUAGCUUGCUUUAAAGAAAGGAACCCUUUGUUUCAACUACCUUCCUGGGGCAAACAUUUCCAAAAGAUGAGCUGGAAAAGAACUAUGAACCGUGGAAUGGGUAUGUAGUCAUUAUGCUAGAAUGUGUAUGAAUGGUGAAGAUACAUGUUGAAUACUGUGCUUUUUUAUCAUUGUAUUAUAGUUCAUGUCCGUGGGAAUAACUGUUUCAUUUGUUCAUACUGUUUUCACUCUCAUUUAAAAUGAGCUGCGUGAUGGGGCGCCUGGGUGGCUCAGUCGGUUGAGUGUCCGACUUCAGCUCCGGUCAUGAUCUCGCGGUCUGUGAAUUUGAGCCCCGUGUCGGGCUCUGUGCUGACAGCUCAGAGCCUGGAGCCUGCUUUGGAUUCUGUGUCUCCUUCUCUCUCUGCCCCUCCCAUGCUCAUGCUCUGUCUCUCUCUGUCUCUUAAUAAUAAAUAAACGUUUAAAAAAAAAAAAUAAAAAAUAAAAUGAGCUGCGUCAAACCACCAGAUUGAUUGUAGGUUAAAAUGUCAUCUCUAGCCAUGACAUAGGAAAAUUAGAAGGAGCCCUGUCACUCAGUUUGACUUUUUCUUUCUUUCUUUCUUUUUUUUUUCUUUUUAUGUUUAUUUUUGAGAGAGAGACAGACAAUGAGCAGGGGAGGGGCAGAGAGAGAGGGAGACACAGAAUCUGAAGCAAGUUCUAGGCUCCGAGCUAUUAGCACAAGAGCAAGUUCCAGGCUCUGAGCUGUUGUUAGCACAGAGCCUGAUGUGGGGCUUGAACCCACAAACCCUGAGAUCAUGACCUGAGCCGAAGUCAGAUGCUUAACUGACUGAGCCACCCAGGUGCCCCAUCAGUUUGACUUUUUCUUAUAAUUAGUUUAGUAUAAAGAUUCGUCCAUAUAUUCUCUUCCCGCAUGGUUCAAUUUACUUGCAACUGAAAUGAACGUUGUAACUAAUCUGGGAAAGCCGACUUCCUAAAUGUUUUCAUUAUGUACUGAGGGUUUUAACUCAGCAGAUAUGUUCGUUUGAAACAAAAAUUUACAGGAGUUUUGAAAUUCAUAUGCAAACAUUAUAAAACUGAAGUUUGAGUUUUAUGCUGUUUUAAGAAUAUGGAACUCAAAUAGUCUGAUUCAGCAGUUCAAAACUUGAAUGUAUAAUCUAAAUGGAGCUCAAUUUUAAUGAGAAGGAAUUUCUGGUAUUGAAAAUCCAUUCAUGAUCAGAACGUAUCAGCCACAGUUUGAGUUUGCAGCAGUUUUUGGUUUGUUUGUUUGUUUGUGUUUUCAUUAGGAGAGGGUCCCACCAAAUUUAUAGAGAAGAGAUUAUUUCUCAAUAAAAAAUAAAAAAAUCUAAUUUUUCAAAAGUGUUGAAUGAGGUGACCUUUUGAGAGAGCUAAUGGGACAAGCAAGAGAGAAUGCGUUGCUGGUGAAUUAACUCUGACUUGGAGAACAACAGAAGGGAGGCCUGAGUUUGAAUGCCUGGCUUUAAGUCGUUUACGUGAUUGAUAGAAUAUGUCGGUCAAAUCUUCAGUUAAAGCCUGAGCAAACAAACCUGCCUAAGCUGGCUUCUAUAGAAGUGAUACGCAUUGGGUUUCUUUAAUAGUUAUUUCUCAUGCUUUAUUUCCAUCUUUACUUUCUUUUGAAUAUGCUACAUGAAGUUCUUUAUUACUAGGUACUGAAGUUUGCAUUCCAGGGAUAUUGAGUGUACGUAUUUAUGUGUGUGUACCAUGUUGUUACAUGUACAAACUUCAAUUUGAAGUGCAGCCAUUAUGUGGUAUCCAUGUGUAUUGACCACGUGCCAUAUAUUAAUUAUGGUCACUAGAAAAUCUUUUUAUGUACUUAUUAUCAUCUUGUUUCUCAUUUCACCUGUACGAUUUUACAAAAUUCUUUCUUUUUACCCAUAAGUUACAUACUUUUUUUUCUCUUUAGUCAUGGAGAAUUCCCUCCUUUUCCCUCUCCUAUCAUCUUCCCCUCUAU